AUGGCACCAAGUUUUGAUUGUUCUAUGUCGAGCCUUCUCUGUGCAGAGGACGACAGUAGUGUUUUUGGUGAUGAUGGUGAUGAGGUUUUUGAUUAUGGAGUGGUUACGGAGGAGUUUGAUGAUAUAUGGCAUCAAGGAAAGCAUCAAAAGAAUAAUCAAAACAUGGGUUUUUAUGGAGGGAAGGAGAUUUUGAUUGGUCUGCCAUUGCCAAGUGAAGAGUUCUUGGCUUUGAUGAUCAAAAAGGAAUGUGAGCAUUUGCCUGCCACAGAUUACCUCAAGAGGUUGAAAAAUGGGGACUUGGAUUUGGGUGCUAGACAGAUUGCUAUGGACUGGGUUAAAAAGGUUCAUGCCCGUUUCAAUUUUGGACCUCUGAGCUUAUAUUUGGCUUUGAACUACCUGGACAGAUUCCUGUCUGUUCAUGAGCAACCCGAGAAGCCAUGGGCGAUGCACUUGUUGGCCAUUGCUUGUUUGACUCUUGCGGCCAAGAUGGAAGAGACUGAAGUUCUUCUAAUCCAAGAUAUUUUGGUUGGUGAUUCGAAAUCAUUUAAGGCGAAACAUGUUCAAAGAAUGGAGUUGCUUGUGCUGGGGGAGCUGAAAUGGAGAAUGCAAGCAGUCACUCCGUUCUCAUUCCUGGACUAUUUCCUUGAGAAGAUAGGUGGUGGUGAUCGAAGUAGCUCAAGUUCUUCAAUUACUAGAGCGACGCAGCUCAUAUUAGGCACAUUUAAAGGGAUUGAUUUCUUGGAAUACAGGCCAUCUGAAAUUGCUGCAGCAGUGGCAAUUUCUGUUGCAGGAGAAGCUCAAGCAGUGGAUAUUGAGACAGCAAUAUCUGCUCUUCUAAUUCAGCAUGUACAAAAGGACAGAGUGAUCAAGUGUGUGGAAUUGUUAAAAGAGGUGUCAUCAUUAGGAGAUUUCCCAAGUGCCUCGGCUCCAUCUGUGCCCCAAAGUCCCAUUGGUGUGCUGGAUGCUGCAUGCUUCAGUUGUAAAACUGAUGAUGCAGCAGUUGGGUCAUGUGCAAACUCUUCUCAUACGAGUCCAGUAGCCAAGAAGAGGAGGCUUGAGGACCUAUAA